AGCGUUCCCCGGACGCCGCCUCCGCGCACAAGAUGGCGGCGCGGGCGGGCCGGGGCGGCGGGCGGUGAGCGGUUGGAGGGUCGGGCUGCCCCGGGCCCGCCAUGACCUACACGGCGGAGCAGCUGGACGGCGUGCGGCGGAUAAAGAGCUGCCGGAACUAUUACGAGAUCCUUGGCGUGGAGCGGGAUGCCACCGAGGAGGAGCUGAAGAAGGCCUACCGCCGGCUGGCCCUCAAGUUCCACCCCGAUAAGAACCGCGCUCCCGGAGCCACGGAGGCUUUCAAAGCAAUAGGCAAUGCUUUUGCAGUUCUGAGCAACCCUGAGAAACGAUUGCGAUACGACGAAUAUGGAAGUGACCACGAGCAUGUCAGCACUGGCGAAGCCAGGCACUAUAAUUACUACACAGAAUUUGAAGCAGACAUUACACCAGAAGAAAUAUUCAACGUGUUUUUUGGUGGGCACUUUCCGACAGGAAAUAUCCAUAUGUUCUCCAAUGUAGCCAGAGAUGCACACUAUUAUCCACGGAGGCACCGAAAUGAAAGAGCGUGGACACAGGAGCAAGAGGAAGAAGAAAACAGGCCGCAGAACUCAUAUUCUGCAUUUAUUCAGUUGAUGCCCGUUUUCAUCAUCAUCGUGGUGUCGGUUAUAACUCAGCUGAUGGCCACCAACCCCCCCUACAGCCUGUUCUACAAGUCGUCCAUAGGCCACGUUAUUAGCAGAGAAACAGAGAACUUGCAGGUGCCUUACUAUGUUGAUAAAAACUUUGAGAAGAAUUAUCAAGGAGCAGAGCUUCAAGAGCUGGAGAGAACAGUUGAAAAAGAUUACAUAGACUAUAUUCAGACCAGCUGCUGGAAAGAGAAGCAGCAAAAGUCUGACUUGUCAAAUUUGGCCAAGCUGUACAGAGAUGAGCGGUUAAAACAGAAAGCAGAGUCGCUGAAACUCGAGCACUGUGAGAAGCUCUCCAGUCUGAUCGGAAUGCACAAAGGGGGCUGAGCAGGGCCUCUGUCCUUAUUUAUUGCUGUUUUAAAUUAUGUUUUUAUUUUCCUCGGUAUAAAAAGGGAAGGAGUCUAUUGCAAAGUCUGAAUACCCGAUUCCUUCGUGCUGUGCAGAGAUGGGCCAACACGAGCUGUGGAGCUGUGUUUGCUUUAAUAUACUGUACACUCUAUUUGGUUCCAAGGACCAGUGGCACUUUGUAAAUUAAUUCUCUGGGAGAUGC